AUGGCAUUCGGAGGUCUUCUAGAUGGUUUUCUCCAGGAGAAGUCACAUUCACAUGUGGCAGGAUGUGGAAGGAAAGCAUCGGCAUUCAGCCAGCCAAUGCGAAAGGAUACUCUUUCAAUGUAUCAAAAUCGUGAAGUGCUGGCCAAUAACCGAAAAGCGAGUAGCAUGUCGAUGGUUAAUCACAAGAUGAGUACAUAUUCUGCAGUUUCUGUCGAUAUCAUACCAAAGUAUUCUUGGCACGGAUCGUCAGUUCGUUAG